AUGAGCUUUCCACCACCCAAUUCCGGUCAAUAUCCUCACUACAUUCCACAUCCGCAAUACCAGCCCGGGCGUGUACCCCAACAGCAGUUGGUUUACAAUAAUGUCGCGGCCCCUGCGCCGCCGCCGCCGCCGCCGCCAUAUCAUAAUGGCUAUGGAAAACCACCAGCAUAUUCGCCAGGGAUGAUGCCGUAUCCUUCGGCAUACAACCAGUAUCUGCAGCAGCAUCAAAAUGUCAUCCAACAGCCCAUGCAGCAGCCGCAGUUACAACAAUCCCCUCUCAUCCUACCACAACAUCAACUGCCGCAUCAUCCACAGCCACCGAUCGGUCAACCUCGCCAACCUCCCCAGCAACAGCAGUCGCCGCGGCCUCAACAACACCGACAAUCCCCUUUACUUCCUAGGCCACCGCAUCAGUCGCCCAUAAUUCCUCAUGAGCAGCAUCAGUCUCCCCGCCCGAGGCCACCGCCACAGCCGCAGCAGCAGCCUCUCAUUCAACCGCAACAUCAGUCGCCUAGGAUUCCACAACCACAGCAUCCAUCACCUAUACUUCCAAAGCCCCAGCCCCAGCAAUCUCCUCACCAGAGGCCGUCUCAAUCCCCAGUUCAAGUACCACAACCUCAACAGAUUCUACCCCACAAGUCACCCAUACAACCAUCGCCCCCGGUACAACAUCCCCCUCUGGCUCCUUUGGCCUCUGCGGCCCCUGUAGCCUCUACGCCGCCAGCGCCGCCGGUGCAGCCGGUAAAGGCUCUGUCGCCCCUGCAGCCGCCCCCACCACAGUCUAUGCUAUCGGAAGAGCUGCAGCAUCAGUUUGUCAAUCCCGCCAAUUUAUUUGUUGAACCACCUCUUCCAACCGCUCCACGAUCACGGUACAUCCCGCCCCCCGAUUAUGUUGACCCAAGUGCCCUCUCAACUUCGGUCACGAACGAUUUACCCCCGAUAUCUCUACCCACUACUUCUUUGUCAACUCUUCCUCCAAUUGCCCCGGCGCACGUCGCCCCACCAGAAACGUCACAACCGCCUACCGCACCAAUUCAAGGCCAAUCUAGCUUCCAAAUCCAGCAACCUGAGCCUGUUAAAGUUGAGCCACGACCUCCACCGCAGCCUUCACCCAAAGCCAAAGUAGAGAAGCGCCCAUCGGUUGCUCCAAACCCUGUAUCAACACCAAAGAAACCCGCUUCACCUAAACCCGCUCCUCUUGAAACUACACCGCAGCCCGUGAAGGUUAUUCCACAAGUGAUGGUCCCGGCACCUUCUCCAGAUUUUCAAGGAAAAGUUCAAAAACAACAGAACCCAAAGAAGCCACAGCAGAAAAAGCAAAGCCUUCCGCAAACCCCUGACAAGAUAGCGAAGUCUAAUAAGCCACCCGUCGACUAUCAGGUCUUGCUUCUAUCGCUGGCCGAUGAGUAUCUUAAUGCUGCGCAUAUGCAUGGCACGCGUACUGCGCUGUUGUCUAAUCAAUCAGAUGUCGAAGACUACUAUAAACUCGUUGCCACGGGACUCGGGUGCCUGGAGGCUGUAUUAAAGAACUGGCGGCUACAACCUCGUAAAGAAGCUCUUGUCAGACUGCGAUAUGCACGAACUCUGUUUGAAGAAACGGAUAAUGAUAUCGAGGCAGAGACGGCUCUGAGCAAAGGGAUUGACCUUUGUGAGAGACAUCUUUUAGCUCGCAUGCUCCAUAAAAACAACCCUAAAGCUUCUCUUAAGGCUGUGGAUGGCAUGAUUCAAGAUGUGGAAGCGUACCGUCACGCAGCUUGGGAAUAUGCGUUUCGAUUCCUUCGGGUCUCGUUAUCGAUGUCCUCUUCAUCACAUCAAGACUCUGUCCAGGCUCUUCAACAUCUUAAUAAGAUUUCAACUAUGGCUAGUCGCAAUGGCGACAAGGCUGUCUCUGCGAUGGCAGCUGUCAUAGAAGCAUUGGCACAUUUGCAACACGGGGCAAGCUCCGAAUCUAUUGAGCAGGCGCAGCGUGCGGUAGCUGUGGCACGUAGCCAUCAAUUGAGUGACGAGCUUCGUCACAUCCCUCAGCUUGUGACACUCGUCCAAAUGGCAGAUAUCUGCUGUAGCCUUCUUGAGUAUGAUAUCAAUCAGUCUUCUCAGAAGUUGAAGGUCAUGCAGGCUUUGGUAGAUGAAACACUCAAUGAUACAAACUGGCGCUCCGAUGGAUCUUUCUCUAUCCCACUUAACGGCAAGUCCGCCGGACCAUCAUCCAUCGACACAGGCGAUAUUCUUCAGGUUCACAAUGGAACCCUGCUCUUAAGCUUCAAUUGGCUGCCUCAGCAUGAUCUUUACGCGUUGUCAUAUUUCCUGAGCUCAAUCACCUUGAGCGCCAAGAACUCUUUUGAUGGUCGGAAAGCAGAGAAGUAUCUCGAUGAGGGACUUAGAAUGAUUCAAGGUAUGGACAAUUUCACUAUUCUUGCCGAGUACUACAGUCUAACAUUGCUUACAGGAUCAUUCACGGCCCCGCAAGAGAUACCCGAGUGCAUGGUAAGUGCAACUCGACGGGUUGAAUGGCGUCGUUCAUUGUACUGCAACUUUUUGUUACAGCGUGUUUUCUUGGCAUGUUCUCGAACCGAUUGGGAGAUGGCCACUCAAUCUCUCAAAGAUUUGCGACAAGUCGUUCAGGAAAUUGGGCCGGAUGUCCCCAGCUCUAUAGAGUGUCUGAUGGAAUAUGCCGCUGGCACCAUUGCGCAGGCCACUGGAGAUCUCAACGCUGCUCUCUCAAUAUUCCAGUCACCACUGCUAUCCCUAUCGCCUUCGGAUAGCAAGACCACUCGCAAUGAUCCGUGCCGCGAUACAUGUAUCCUUGCCCUCCUCAAUACUGUUCUGAUCAUCCGCGACUCAGCCCACCCAUCCCAUUCUCACCUUUCUAAUGCAAUGGCCACACUGUAUUCUUUUUGUUCACAUAGUCAGAACAAGUACAUUCAAGCAGCAUACCAUCUUGUCUGCGCCACUGUACACACCGAUUCGACUAUUCAGACCAAGCAGUACCUUCAGCAGGCACUGCAGUCCGCAACUGCUAUCAGCAAUAGCCAGAUCACCUGCAUGACACUCACCUUCAUGAGCUGGAGAUACUUCCGCGGAGUGGUCGGCGAGCAAGCUGAGAAGAGUGCGCGGGCCGGUCGUGCCAUGGCUAAGAGAGCCAACGACCGCUUGUGGGCUAGUGUCACUGAUGAGAUGCUAGCGGAUACUCUUGAACGCCAGGGCAAAGCUGAUGAAGCCCGCGGCGUGCGUGAAGAAGGCCAGCGACUUAUUAUGAGUCUGCCGCCAGGCCUGAAGCGGUCAAUUUGA